AGUGUAGCUUGGGCCACCCGACGACUAACAACCGAAACGAAAUUUGUUAUCUACCUACAACACGGUUGCCGAUUUUAAGUAUACGGCGCGUCGCGUGUUUAUUAGGUGCAACCGCAUUUAAAUAUUUAUAUUUAUUUAUAUAUAAAAAAAAAGGAAAAAAAAUUGAAAUAAAUAGUGCGUCAGUGCCGAUCUCUGCGAGAUGUGUGUGUGAUAUAUUAUCGAGUUAUGUGACAUUUAGGGAUGCCCGAUAGAUCGUUAUUGACGAUUUUAAAUUAUCGGAAAAAUGAAGCAUCACCACAUCAUCCGUAUUAUCUUAUAUUCGCAUCUCGAUAUCAGAUAUCGCCACAUUACCACGGAUACCGGCUCUUAAAUACGUCUUAAAAACAAAUCACCGACCCGAUUUAGACAUGUACCAAAAAUGCGUAUGUUUUCUAUUUCUAGUUAUCCUAGCCGUUCUAAGUUGUUCAGCUUUCCACAUAGAUAACCUCGUCGCCAUGGCGGAUUUUUCCAAAAAAAAUGUCCAUUUCCAAAAACCCCAUAAAAUUCGGCAUCACAGGCUAUGGAGGACUCAAGCGCGCGAUCGAUACCCCAAAUCUCAAAUCGAAACAAUCGUAUAUUAUCCCCCACCACCGAAACAUACCCCUUCGAUUACACCCUCGACCAUCGACGGUGAGACUCUCGAACGAAUCUCCUCGAAUACUUAUUCUAGAUCGGGCGAGAUUUCCAUUUCCACGACGUUUCCCAAUGAAAAUCUCGCUCAGAUUCCUCCGACUGAUUACGUUGUAUCAAGAGCGCAGCGCUCCUCGGAUCAUCGACAGAGGAAGCCCAGAUGGACUUUGAAGCAGAACGAAGAUAUUUUCGCGAAAGCUUUUAAAGCGAAGCUCGUAGUUUUGGCGGACGUCGAAUCGAAAUCUAUCAACGAGGCCAACGGGGCCUGUCAAUUUUACGCCAAAGUGAUAAAAGAUUUCAAAGGUAACGCGCAAAAAUAUUUCGGUAGUGUAAAUAGGUACUUGAGGCAUAUUGUGACGGCGGCGUGCGAUCUAGUCAAAGAGAUGAAAAUCUCCAGGAAAUAUGUGUUGUUGUUGAAUAAAAAAAACGAUAAAUUGGUGUUGAUCGACACCCCGAAACCUAAGAAAGAUCUGAGGGCGUCGACGAGGAAAAAAUUUAACAGGGUGUGUAAAUCGGGGUUUGUACCAACGAAGCCUCAAAUAGUCGAAUUGAAAGAAUUCUCGCCGAAAUCGCAGAAAAAAAUUGAAAAAAAAUAUCGAAUAUUGACGUGUACGGUAAAGGGUUUUCCCUUACCUAGGAUCACGUGGAGGCGGAAUAAUGUAAUCCUGCAUCAUAAUAAAUCGUAUAACGUACUCUAUAAAAGGAGGAAGAGUAAACUGGUGAUCAAGAAACAUGAGGCAGAUUCUCUGGGCGAAUACGAGUGUAUAGCUGAAAGUCUUAACGGGCUUAUGGCGUCCAAAAACAUCACUGUUAAGCCGCCUCCACCUAGUGAGAAUAUUUUUAGCGCUAAAAGUUGUCCAAAACCAUACGAUACUGACUUAUGUCAAAAUGGGGGUAAAUGCUUUUAUGAAGAGUCUAUCGGCGAUUAUGGAUGUGUUUGUCCGGAUAAUUUUAGUGGGAAGAAUUGUCAACUGAAACUGCCCAGUAACACGAAUACACAGUAUACAACGGAUUUCAAUUGAUGGAACCUUCGAGGAAAAAUGUGGAAAAGAAGAAACGAAGGAGGAAACAACGACCUUGAAUACGAACCAGGAGGUUACAGAGUAUACCUCUGACAAAAUGAAAACAAAUACCAAAGAUGUUUUGCAUUAGUACCGGAUAAUUAGUCAACGGAACAUUUCUUUGUAAGUUCGUGUAAUAUUUGAAAAUAAAAAAGAAGAAGAGUUAGUUUUUAUUGACUUUUCUCGUAAUGAUGAUGUAAAUACUCAAAAAAAUGAUAUAUUUAUAUUUAUUGUCAGUAUUUAGGCACAACAUAUAAGUGUAAUUGGUGUAGAAAAUUUAGUACAGUCAAUAAAUGGUAUAAAUUUAUAGCCCAGUUAUCUUUUAGAAAAAGUAUUAGUUUGAGUUUUCAGUUAAUGUUUGGAAGCACAUUCAAAAUAAGAAUGAGAGUUGAGUUAACAAAAAUUUCAACACUUUUUUGGGAAAUGAAUAAUUCGAAAACCAUAAAUUCCCCGAUUUGUCUAGAAAACUGUACUUAAAGAAUGUUUUUGAAUAUUUUCGUAUGUUUUUGUCAAAAAGUACAUACAAAAACGAACAUUUUGAAGAAAAAUCAAUUCAAUACCAUAAUUUGAACAUUUUUUACAAAUUAUCGAACAAUUUCGUCCUAUUAAGUAAUAUUAACUUGACCCGACCUAAAAAAUUUAUUAAAAUUCAUAUAAAUCGUUUAAAUUAUGAUAUUAAAUUGACUUUCUUUACAAAUUAUUCGUUUUUGUGUGUACUUUCUGGAAAAAAAAGUUUUCAAAGGCAAAUGGGAAAAUUUAUGGUUUUUUAUUUUUUAACUGAACAAGAAAAUGUGAAGAUUUUGGUUUUCAAACUCAUUUUUAUCUUAAGUACGAAAAAAAAUGAAAAAAUACUAAAAAUGUCAAUUUUUCGUUGGAGUUGGAGUUUUUGGACAUUCCGUAGAUUACACAUAAAUUUCAAAACAAAACACUAUUCUCUGAAGAAGAUAACUAAAUAGCAGAAACUUAUAUCGAACAAUUCAAAUACUCGAGACAAUGAUUGAUCUUUAAUAUUUUGAAAAGAAAAAAAUUCAAUUCAGAUUCAAACAGAUUUCACAUAAUCUAUUUUUCUUCUAAAUUAACUGUGGCUUUAGUUAUAUUUUUUAGAUUGUACUAUAUACUCAAUGCAAUAGAAAAAUAUCAGACAUUACGUCAAGAGUAAACUGCUAUAAUUACAAUAUAAAUUCGACCUAAUUGAAAAACUGUCAUAAAUAUAUAAUUCACGUUAUUGCUCAAUUUUAAACUCACUUUAAGGAUCGGGCAAAGUAAUUAAUUUGAAAAAUCUACAUAGAUUAUUAAUUUCAUUCACACACAACAAACAAUUUGUAUUGUAAAUGAAAAUUACACAUCCGAAAAAAUAAAUUUUACAUACCAGAAUUAAUAUGUUUUUUAUAGUGACCAAUACUCUUGUUGUUAUUUAAAAUCAAUAAGACAAUUUCCCCAAAUUUCUUUUUAUAAUAAACAUAAACAAUUACUAACGACAUAUUGUUUUUCUUCUUUUUUAUAUAUUAAUUAUGGAUAAGAAGAUGCCCAACGAUAAUUAAUUCUAAAAUAUGCUACUGGACUCCUUCUCUAUAUAUUACACAGUUCUCUAUCCAGGUUCGGAUGAUUUUGUCAUUUUGAUUUUUGCAAUUUCACUUGCUCGUAAACUUGAUUCAAAAUCGGAUCACGGGAAAUUCUUUGUGUAUAUAGCAGUUUACUCUUUUCUUUAUGGAUUCUUGUAUAUAAUUUUGCGUCUUAGGAUACUCGAGAUAUGUGAUAGCGAUAAAUAGCCUCACUGUUUUAAUUUUUAUUUGGUUUGUUUUCUCGAAUUCGACUUGUUACGGCUAUUUGUCGUGUUAUUGAUAAGUUUUUUUAUUGUGCUUAUAAAAUUUAUAUAAACCCACUAGCAAUAUUGUAAUAAUAUAAAAAGCAUUUCACCCUUCUUAACGCUUAACUGCAAAAUCCCCAAGUAAAAUUCCUUAUUAUUAAGAAUGAUGUAAUGUAAUUAAUGUGAAACUAUGAUAACGUUAUUUAUUAUAAUUAAUAACUAUUUUUUGCUGCAAAAUCUUGUAAGACAUUGAUAUUUCGAGAAAUAAAAUAUACAGAAAAUUUGUCUUCUGACAUCUUUAUAUUGUAAUAAAUUCAAUUCUCCUUAUUGUUAUUAAAAGUUACCAUAUAAAAUAAAGAUUUCAUCUGAAUGAUGUAAAUAAUAAAUAAAACGUGUAGAACGCCAUCUAUUAAUAACAAAUUGAAUGAUAGAUCAUUUUUAAACUGGAAAUGGCUAAGAGCACGACGAUCCGACAUCGGAUCGGUUUUUAUAAUUAAAAAUUAUUUAAUACACCGAACACAGCUAUUUACUUUUGUUUAUAUUGUUAUUUCAAUAUGAGAGUUUUGUAAUUAUAAUCAAGUACAUCCUACUUCAUCAAACGUUGCCUAUUUUGUUAGUAAAAAUAAGGUUAAUCGAAGUAUAGUAGGAAGGUUAGUCAAGAAAUUUUUAAAACCUUAAACUAAAUAUUCAAAUUUAUAUUUAAUUCGCUUGUAUGAAUUGUAUACAAUUACUAGAAAUUUGAAAUCUUUGUUUUAUAUCAAUAAUUCAUUUUAGAAUUGUCACAAUUUUUUGUAGCAAAAUGAACAACGAGGUAUAUUAUUGCAAACAUAGUAGAGACCAAAAUGUUUCUUAUAGAUAAACUGAAAUUUGAUAUUUCCUAUAAGAUUGAUAGAAAACUGAUUAUUUAAAAUCAAUGAAUGUAUAUUUUACUCAUAUACAUAUACAGGUAUGUUCUAGUAGCAAAGCUAAAGUCUGCAAUUAUGAAAAUCUUAUGAAAAUUGUGGCAUUCAAGAAAAAAAUAACUCAAAGUAAAUAGAAAAUCAAAUAGUUUCGUUCGUAAAGUUUUAUUGAAGCGGUUUUUCCCUGUUGGGUGCUUUUCUUCUGCAUCCCGAUGAGAGUUUUUACCUUUCGGUCAUGGAGAAUUAAUUCAAUCAAAAUAAUGGUAUAGAUUCAUUCACAACAAACCUGCAAAGUCUAAAAAUCUUCACUACUGGUCUCCCGCCUCCCCCUCUAGGAGUACAAAACGGACAGAACCGGCAUGGCCCUGAAUGUGUUAUAUUUUUUUUCAUUAUCUGCUUCAUGUAUGCAACCCAAAUGAAUCAAACUCUAUUGCAAUUGAAGAAUCUCAUCUCUAUGUGAAAAUUUUAGAUUUUGUUAUCUUAUUUUUACGAGUUUUCUGUCUUAAGGAAAGCUAGAUGUGAUAAAACAAGAUAAACAAUAAUUUUGCUAUGUAUAACCAUAGAUCUAAUUUUAAAAAAAUACUAAGAUGUAAAUGUUGUUUAAACAGUAUUUCAAAACAUAGACGUACCCAGAAAGUAAUUUAUACACUAUUCUCCUCACCAAUUUUUUUUUAAAUAAAACUUUUAAUAUAAUAAUGUUUCAAAUGUUUUCUGUACGUCUAUGUGUUGGUGGUUGAAAGUUAGGUCCCGAAAUUUCAUAUAAAAACUUUUUUUAUAUAAGAAUUUUUUAUGAAAUGAAAUGUAUUUACCAAACUGUUUGAGCUUGACUUUUAUAUCACUCAGUAUAUACUUACAUAUACUAAUUUUUUAAGAAAUUCUUGUAACAAAACUCCAAAAUGUAUAGUGAGAAUAUUAUUUAAUUAUAAAAUGUAUCCAGUGACAAUAAAAGUUUAAAAAAAUGAAAAUGUUUCAUUUAAAAAAAUAGAAGAAUGCAAAGGAAUCGAUUUCUGAUGAUUACGUCACUAUAAAUCAAGUUAAAUGCAUCGAAUUCAUAUUACAGAGAGACAGUGGAAUUAUUGUACUAUUGGAAGAAAGAGAAAGAGCAUCUGUUUGAUAUUUCCAACACUGGAAACUUCGACGACAUGGCAAUCCAAUCAAAGUAAAGUAGAGAGAGAUAGCGAUAUUCUUGCUCGCUCAAACAAGCUCCCAUACUUUUCUCUCUAUAUUUUUAAUCUCGAAUUUAUAGAUAAAUGACAUGAUGCCAUUUUGAGCUCGUUAUCUAUUAUACGUUCUAAUUUGAAGUGAAUUUGACAAACGGAAAUGUGCGAUUCGAUAAUGAGACAGUGAGGUACUAAAGCGAUUAAUAAGCUGAAGAAAAGAACAAAAUACUGAAUACGCCUUUUUAGAACAAUGUAGAAAAAUCCAGAUACUAGGAUUGCAAGUUUUGAAAGAUGAAUUUAUAGUCAACUCAAAAAAAUAUCAAAAUGUGACUAUUAACACUGAGUCAUUAGUUUUGAAAGUCAUGUAAAUAAAAUUGCACCCGAGU